UGGCAAAUGCUUCCCCUGUGCCAGUUGACAGACUCUUGCACCUUUUGCACCUCAUGUGUCAGAGAGGAGCUGACAACACCGUGAAACUGCAACGACAAAAUAAGUGACUGCCAAUCUGCUGAUGGUGCGCUGGACCGAGUCCUUUGACUCCUGAUAAGUUUGCAUCCUGUAAAGCAGCCUGCUCGGUAUCUUCCGUCUUUUUGAUCUGCUGGCCAAGGAUGGCACUGGAGCAUUGGAGCGCAUUUCGCGCCUCGGUUUUACUGGCUUGUGUGAUAAUCUGCAGUAACGUGCUAUGUCCCGUCGGUGCCUAUCUCUACAACAACCGCUACGUAGGUGAUCAAGUCUUCAGGAUAACUCCGGGUAAUGACGAGGAGGUUCAUGUGCUCAAGAGAGUUCUGGGACAACUGAAGGUGGACUUUUGGCAGCCCAACAGUGCUUCCCUGAUCUCCCACAAUGCCACUGUGGAUGUGCAUGUGAAACGUAAUGACACACAUGGUCUACGUGCACGCUUAAAACAGGAACAUAUCAAUUACCGUGUGUUUAUCUCCAAUCUGCAGAAGGAAAUUGAAAAGCAGACGGGAUAUCGCUCCUCUCGCAAGAGGAGGUCACAGUCCCAGUAUGAUUAUGAAGUUUACCACUCCUUGGAAGAGAUUCAGUGGUGGAUGUUUGAAAUGAACAGAACCCACUCUGACUUGGUUGACAUGUUCUCCGUCGGAAAGUCAUACGAAGGAAGGCCGCUUUAUGUGCUUCAGCUAGGAAAAAGAAGUCGUCCCCAGAAGAAAGCUGUGUGGAUCGACUGUGGGGUUCAUGCCAGAGAGUGGAUAGGACCUGCCUUCUGCCAGUGGUUUGUCAAAGAGGCCAUCAACUCAUACCAGUAUGACUCUGUGAUGAGGCGACUGCUCAACCAGCUCAACUUCUAUAUCAUGCCGGUCUUCAACGUGGAUGGAUACCAUUUCAGCUGGACCACGGAUCGUUUCUGGAGGAAAACACGGUCCAAAAAUCACAAGUUCCACUGCCGAGGAGUAGAUGCUAAUAGAAACUGGAAAGUGAAAUGGUGUGAUGAGGGUGCCUCCUUUCAUCCCUGUGAUGACACUUACUGCGGCCCCUAUCCCGAGUCUGAGCCUGAGGUUAAGGCCGUCGCCAAGUUCCUGCGCAAGCACAAGAAGCGCAUCAAAGCCUACAUAUCCAUCCAUGCGUACGCCCAAAUGCUGCUCUACCCAUAUUCCUACAAGUAUGCAACCAUCCCCAACUUCAGCUGUGUGGAGUCAGCAGCUCAUAAUGCAGUGACGGCCCUUUACUCUGCCUAUGGAGUGAGGUACAGAUAUGGACCUGCUUCCACUACUCUGUAUGUUAGCUCAGGCAGUUCUAUUGACUGGGCCUACAGGAACGGCAUCCAAUACGCGUUUGCAUUCGAGCUUAGAGAUACAGGAUAUUUCGGCUUCCUCCUGCCUGAAUCCCUGAUCAACCCGACCUGCACUGAGACCAUGAGGGCAGUGAAGGCCAUUGCAUCAGGCCUUCUGAAGAAGUGUGAGAUAGACAGCACAAGAUUUCCAUAUAUAUGACCGCACUAUACUGUAGCUCAAUCCUUACAGCUUUUUUAUCUUGGCACCUCAUAUUCCUCCUAGAUAUUAU